CAAAAACAUGUCCGAUCUGUGAUCUCAAUGACUUCCGGGACCCUCGCUACUGCCUACAGCUGUGACGUCACAGGCAGUAUAAAAGACAUGUGGACCGUGAACAAAUCAAUCAGUAGCUUACGAGCAGUCGACCACAGAAGUGCACGAUGAGAUUUCUGAUUGUAACCGCCGCCGUCUUCGCCUGCGCCGCAGCAGCUCCUUCAGCUCUGCUGGCCUACAAUGGUUUGAGCCACGCCUCCCUGUCCCCGGUGGCCGCUCCUACGAUCCCUCCCGGCGACCUCCAAGCUGCUGCCAUCGACGCCCACGUGGAAGCCUCUGACAACGCUCGCGCCGCAGUCGACGCUAUCAAACAAGUCCAGGACCAAGCCUCCGAGCUCCAAGGCAGAGCUAUCAACGCUGUUGAAGACCAUGCCUGGCAAGCUGUGGACGCCGCUCAAACCGCACAAGCUCAAGUUGACGGUGCUGCCGCCAGCGUUGCCCCCGUUGUUGCUCGUCAAGUAGCCGGCAGAAGUCUUGUAGCUCCCAUCGUACCCGCUAUUGCUGCCUACUCCGCCCCAGCCGUAGCUGCCUACUCUGCCCCAGCGUUAGCCGCCUACUCCGCCCCAGCCGUAGCUGCCUACUCUGCCCCAGCCGUAGCUGCCUACUCUGCCCCAGCCUUAGCCGCCUACUCUGCCCCAGCCGUAGCAGCUUACUCUGCCCCAGCUGUGGCCGCCUACUCCGCCCCAGCCAUCGUCGCCGGUAGCCAAUCUAUCUCCAGCCAAUCGCUAUCCCAAAGCCACCCAGCCCCAUCAAACGCUGUCUACGCCCAUGCGUGGUAAAUCCAAUAACCUAAUUUAAAAUCUAGGCAAGAUGUGCGAAUAAAUUUUUAGAAAAUUGC